CGUUUUUCCUGUAAGCGGCAUAUUUCUCUCACGUCUGUUCGAGUGCAUUUGUGGUACUUCUUACUCUAAGUUCACGCAAAACAUGUCUGGCCGAGGUAAAGGUGGUAAAGCUAAGGGAAAGGCGAAGUCUCGUUCCAACAGAGCUGGUUUGCAAUUCCCUGUUGGUCGUAUUCAUAGACUUCUUCGCAAAGGAAAUUACGCAGAACGUGUCGGUGCAGGAGCACCAGUGUAUUUAGCAGCCGUUAUGGAAUAUUUGGCUGCUGAAGUGUUGGAAUUGGCGGGAAAUGCUGCUCGUGAUAAUAAAAAAACCAGAAUUAUACCUCGUCAUCUUCAACUUGCUAUCCGUAAUGAUGAAGAAUUAAAUAAAUUACUUUCUGGUGUAACUAUUGCUCAGGGUGGUGUUUUACCAAAUAUUCAAGCAGUUUUAUUGCCAAAGAAAACUGAAAAAAAAGCUUAACCAUAUAAACAUCGAUAUAAAUGGUCCUUUUUAGGGCCACAAUUUUUUAAAACGAAGGAAUUUUUCAUCUGAUUCAUAAUUAAAUAGAAUAUAUUUUUAUACAUUUUAUACAAAAGCAUAAAUAAUUUAAACAUGUGUUCAAUUCAAAGAUAGAAUUAAACAUUUAUUGAAAAUAAAGAGGAUAUGACAGAAA